AUGGGGUUUGUGAUGGAGGCAUUUAUUGGACUUGUUCAUAUUAAAGAUACUAGUGCUUUAUCUCUAAAGAAAGCAAUUGUUGAUGUACUUGCUCACCGUUCUUUGGCUUUAUCUAAUGUACAUGGGCAAUGUUACAAUGGGGCAAGUAAUAUGCAAGAUGUUUUAGGAAUCACAAAUGAUCUUAAUGUUUCAUUACAGAAAAAGGAGCAAGACAUUGCAAAUGCCAUGAUUCUUGUAAAGGUGACAAAUGAUUUGCUUAAUGGAGUAUCUUGCUUGAAUCCAAUUGAUUCAUUUUCUAAUUUUGACAUAAAGAAGAUAAUGAGAAUGACUGAAAUAUAUCCUGAUGAUUUUGAUGGCUCCAACAUGAGAGCUCUUGAGAAUCACCUUGUUAAUUACAUUAUUGAUGUUCGUGAUAUUGAUGAAAGGUUCUCCAAUUUGAGUGGACUUGGAGAACUUUCAAGAAAGUUGGUUGAGACAAAGAAGCAUUUAACCUAUUCUCUCGUAUUUCUUUUAGUGAAGUUUGCUUUACUUCUACCUGUUGUCAUUGCUACAGUUGAAAGAACUUUUUCGGCAAUGAAGAUUAUCAAGAAUGACUUGCGAAAUCGAAUGGAUGACGAAUUCUUAGAUGGUUGCAUAGUGCCUUAUGUAGAGAAAAAAGUAUUUAAAGAUGUUUCUAAUGAGUGCAUUAUGAAAACAUUUCAAGAGAUGAAGUGUCGUCGAGUGCAAUUGUAG